CAACCAACGAUUUCACCUCUCACCGAUGACCCGCCUGUCUUAGGCCAAAUUUUCCAACUUGUUAUCUCCCUAAAUGGUUGGGUCUUAUGGACGGUGUACGUUGUCAAAACGAAAAAUCAUAUCCCGGAGAUGAUAUGUCAUCAGAGCCUUGCAAAAGUCUGUGUUUAAGUUCUCGUCCCGAAAAUGGCAAUUUAUUGGUCCCAGUGGGACAAAAGUCGAUUGACAUUCAACAUUUGGGGGAUAUUUCUUCUGAAGAGUAUGAAAGGCUUGUUCUUUCCCCGCCCCCUGUGCCUCUAAAUCUCGAGGCUGCUAGUGCUGCUAUUUAUGAAGCAGCCUGUCGUUCGCACUCUAGGACACAGUCAAUUAGUGACAGCACGCCUUCCUUGAAGAUAAUUAAACAUGAGGGAUACACUGAUUCACAUAGUAACUGUAGUGCAAGAUCUUCAGCCCAUGAGAUUUCCAAGCAAGGGCCCAAAGAAGUUUUGCCUUGCCAUACUGAUACAAAGCCUACAAUGCCUCAGAACAAAUGGCGACGUUUUCUGUGUUGUUUUCCUGAUAAAGCUUGUCGUUCACUACCGUCGAAACAAAAGGAUUCCUCUUCCGUUAAAGGAACAUUGUCCUCAAAGUCUCCAUCUCCUAGUGACGGCAAAUCUAACUUCAAUGAAGUAAAUGAUCUUGUAAAUAAAAUGUCAACCAAACCGGCAAAGUCUGGAAGCAAGAAGCGCUCCAGAAAAUCGAAGGGUUUGUCAGUUGACGAUGCACCCGGAUGUAAAGCUGACCAAUUAGCGCCCCCAUCAUCUACCGAAGAAGUACCCAUACCUACUGUAUCAAUUUUCCAACCUGUUCUCCCAAGUACGGUGUUGAAUGCUUUAGGAUCAAAAGCUGAUAGCUCUAUUCAUUCGGCUUCAGUAUCAAAUGGUUACAGUUUCAGCGAUCCUGAUGUUCGUGUAGAGUCGACGGUCUUGCGGUCGACUGUCGAAAUAAAUGUCAACACAUCUAAGUCGCACUAUCCUUUUCAAUUGACAGCCUUAAAACGUCACACAUCUAAUGAUGCAUACGGCAUAAAGAUUACUGAUAACACUGAAUGUCAGAGUCCUACUACACAGGUAGGAAAUACUAAUGGUUUUGAGUCUGCACAUCACGUGAUUCACCAACAGUUACAGCCUUUGCAUUCACCUUGGGUUGAGUGUGAAAACUCUGAUGGUAAUCAUUUUGCUCCGAACAGCUGUCCUCAUGACCAAUAUUCUAUCAAUUACGAUAGAAAUAGUGGACAAGGUGAUGCUUCUUCUGAAAAUCUUGACCAUUUACCACCGGGAAUAGAUCUAUUGGGUGAAGUUGAUUCAGACUGUGUGAAUAAAAAGUGCUUAGUUUUGGACUUGGAUGAGACAUUGGUGCAUAGUUCCUUCAAAUAUGUAGAAAACGCAGAUUUUGUUGUUCCCGUGGAAAUCAAUGGCACUAUUCAACAAGUGUAUGUCCGAAAAAGACCAUAUCUUGAUAAGUUUCUUAAAGCUAUUGGGCCACUUUUUGAGUGCGUUAUGUUCACAGCAAGUCUUCGCAAGUAUGCUGAUCCUGUUUGUGAUUACAUUGAUGCCUCGUCGUAUUUUCGUCAUCGCUUAUUUCGCGAGGCAUGUGUUGAUCAUCAGUGCAAUUUAAUUAAGGAUUUGAGUCGUUUGGGAAGAGAUGUGGAACAAAUAUGCAUCGUUGACAAUUCUCCAAUAUCAUUUUUAUUUCAACCAAGUAAUGCACUCCAAAUCGUUUCAUGGUUCGGUGAUUUAGCUGAUCAAGCUUUAUGUGAGCUGAUACCUUAUCUCACCGGUUUAGCUAGUGCACGCACGGUUGUUGAUUAUCUGAGAGAGUUCAGGCCGCCACAAAAUGCAGCUGUUGCGCAACCAGCCACCCCUACAUGGUUGUUGCUAUUUAAUCAUAGUCUUCCUGGUGACAUGAACACUUUAGAAGAUAGUGAAGGUGGAGAACUUGAAGAUGACGAUAUUGCUGUGAAUUAUCACGAAGAAGAUGCUGUUCUGUCACCUCAUUAUUCUUUAAAUCGUUUUUCUUAACUAGUUGUAACAUCUGGCUACUUACACAUUGAUUUCAAUUCAAAGCAUUGGAUUGGAAAUUGUCAACGAAUUGCUUACAACUAAACUUACAAUAGUACACAUUUUCUUCUCUAUCAAGAAUUUUUCUUUGUUCUAAAUGCUCACAAUUUAAUACACAUUAAAGUUUCUAAUGCAUAUGCAUUCCGUGAUUUGAAUGUGCAUUAUGGAAAAAGGCUCUUGCCUUUUUUACGUCUAUUUUUUUACGGCUGUGCAAAAAUGUAGCUUUAAUUACAUACAUCUGAAAACUCGUUAAACUUCACUAAAAUUACUCUGUUAAACACCUCUGUCUUCACUGUGAGUAUUUUUUACUUUGAUUACUUUGUUUUAAGGUAUGAUAUUACACUCACUCACUGCCUUGUAAAGACUUUCUGCAGAAAUUCUCAUCAUUUGUUUACUAAACAACCAUCUUCUGUCUCGUUUUCAUUUAUUCUUUCUAAGUAAAUUACCAGUCUGAUAAUGAUGCUAUGCAACUAUUGUAAGUUAAAUAGAUGACAUUUGUAAUAUAUAUAUAUAUAUA